GGCUCUUGCCCAUCAAGAGAUGGGCAGAGGACUAGACCAUGGCCCCGAUGUCACAGCGGACAUGGAAAAGGAAAUCAGGAGUGCAUUAGGCCCAGGGCCAGAAGAUGAGGUCUUGAGUUGUGCCUUCAAACUGCGAAUUACUCGAGGAGACAUGCAGACACUAAAGGAGACCCAGUGGCUCAACGAUGAAGUCAUCAAUUUUUACAUGAGUCUUCUCAUGGAGAGAAACCAAAAUGAAGGAUACCCAUCAGUUCACGCAUUUAAUACCUUCUUCUACACCAAAUUCAAGUGUGGGGGCUACAGGUCAGUCAAAAGAUGGACCCAGGCAGUAAACCUCUUCGUCAAGGAACUUAUUCUGGUGCCGAUUCACCUGGAUAUGCACUGGAGCCUUGUGGUAGUAGACCUAAGAAAGAAGCAUAUUGUCUACCUGGAUUCGAUGGGACAGAAAAGACCAGAUGUCCUCGAGAUGAUUUUCCAGUACCUGCAGGAUGAGAGCAAAGCCCGAAGGAAUAUUGAUCUGAACCCUUUGGAGUGGAGGCAAUAUAGCAUGCCAGCAGAGGAGAUUCCUCAGCAGCAGGAUGGGAACGAUUGUGGAAUGUUUACCUGUAAAUACGCAGAUUAUAUUUCCAGAGGCCAACCCCUCACCUUCUCUCAGCAGCACAUGCCUCUGUUCAGGAAGAAGAUGGUGUGGGAAAUCCUGCAUAAGCGCUUACUGUAG